UCCUUAUUUGAAUAUCCCUUUCCCAUCUUCCAGAAAAUUCUCUCUAAGGAUAUAUAGAGCCGAGGAGAGUCGUGCCUUUAUGCUACCCACCGGACACACCUGAUCGGAGAGACCCUGCGAAUCUGUGCCAGAAUGAAAAUCGCAGACAUGAAAACAUCUCAAGGUAUCCAUAAGUGAAGUUAAUUUAUGUUAUGCCAUAAAUGUGAAACCAUAGAGAUGCAGAAAACAUCUCUCUGUAAAAAGAAACAGGAUGCCAGUGCAGCUGGUUAUUCAAACCUUCAGGCUAUGUAUCUGAUAGAAUGAGGAAAGCAGAGAAGGAAGCUGUGAAAGAAUCGCAGACUUUGGUAACUGAAAAAGUAAUUUAUUUAUUUAACCGACGGCAUACCAGUUUGCAUUAAUUGUAGUUCAUCCAGAAAAGUGCGAGGCAUCAUAUUUCACCCUUCAAUCAAAGAGAAACAUGACUCUAAGGGGCCGCCGCUCCAGCUGAACCCCUCAUUGCUGCUGACGUGGCACCGAUCAUAGCUGCUUCUGUCUGGAGACUUUCCAGAGCUUCUCUGUGGGCUGAACCAGCCCUGCCGCCAGUUUCCUCCCUCACUCCAAAGUGCAAAUUUUCCACUGAAGCUUAAUUGCUUCCUGCUCAUUUUUCAGGUUUCUCAACAGUUUUCAUGAUUUUCUUGUUAUUGGAAUACAACAUUUCACAGUAAAACUUGUUAUCGAUAGGUUCCACAAGUAUUCCAACACAUCGACUUCACACAUUUCACAGUUUUAGCAGAUAGACUAACUUUGAUCAGUUUUUUUUCUUGUUGGAAUUGUAAGCAGAGCUCCCUUACGAACCAAGAGCCCAGUUCAAUCUUAUUUUAAUGCUCUGAAGAAUCAGAGCAUUAAAAAAAUAGUGAAAUUGUGAAAUUUAGUGUGAUAUCAAAUGUGUUUUCUAACUUACAUUUGGUUACCUUUAACCUUCUCCUUGUUUCUUCUGUUGCUUGCAGUUUGUCACACUCAAAGUAAAACAGGAUGUGGAUGACCAGAGCUGUCCUUCUCUGUUUGCUGGCCUUCGUGGCCUCUGCAGAAGACAAGAAGCUGAGCAGCCAUGCUAACACACUAGCUGACAACAGUGCCAACUUGGCCUUCAGCUUGUACCACAAGAUGGCUCAGGACAAAAAUACAGAGAACAUUGUUGUUUCUCCUGUUGUUGUGGCGUCCUCUCUGGGGCUGGUUGCCCUCGGUGGUAAGGCCUCCACUGCCUCCCAGGUGAAAACUGUCCUCAGUGCUGACAAACUCAAGGACGAGCACCUGCAUGCAGGCCUGUCAGAGCUCCUCUCUGAGGUGAGUAAUCAAAAGACCCGAAACUCCACCUGGAAGAUCAACAACCGCCUCUACGGCCCCAGCUCUGUCUCCUUCGCCGAUGACUUUGUGAAGACCAGCAAGAAGCAUUACAACUAUGACCACUCAAAAAUCAACUUCAGGGACAAGCGGAGCGCAGUGAACUCCAUCAAUGAGUGGGCAGCUAAGUCAACGGACGGCAAGCUGCCGGAGAUCACCAAGGACGUGCAGAACCCAGACGGAGCCAUGAUUGUCAACGCCAUGUUUUUCAAGCCUCACUGGGAUGAGAGAUUCCAUGAAAAGAUGGUUGACAACCGUGGUUUUCUGGUUACCCGCUCCUUCACUGUUGGAGUUCCUAUGAUGCAUCGCACAGGUCUCUAUGACUUCUAUGAGGACAAAGAGAACAAUCUCUACAUCCUGAACAUGCCUCUGGGCAAAAAGGAGGCCUCCAUGAUCCUUAUCAUGCCCUACCAUCUGGAGCCCCUGGAUCGACUGGAGAAACUGCUGACGAAGAAGCAGGUAGACACAUGGCUGGGCAAGAUGGAGAACAGGGCCGUGGCACUUUCCCUUCCCAAGAUCUCAUUGGAAGUCAGUCACAACCUUCAGAAAUAUUUAGCUGAGUUGGGCCUCACUGAAGCGGUGGACAAAUCCAAAGCAGACCUCUCGAACAUCUCAGGGAAGAAGGACCUCUACCUCUCUAACGUCUUCCAUGCUUCUGCCCUGGAGCUGGACGUGGACGGAAACCCUUAUGACACAAGCAUCUUCGGCACAGACAAGCUGAAGAACCCUAGGCUCUUCUAUGUAGACCACCCCUUCAUCUUCCUGGUGAAAGACAACAAGACCAACUCUAUCCUGUACAUCGGCAGAGUUGUUAGACCCAAAGGGGAUAAAAUGCGUGAUGAGCUAUAAUGAUAGGGUUGUGAAUCAUGUUAGAUUUAAUAUUUGUGAAUUUCUGUCAGGAAACUGUAUGUAUGAGUGUGUGGAUGUGUUUUUAUUGGCAUGAUUGUUACCUCAAGAGCACAUUCCAAUACACAAUCUGUGGACUGGAUAUCUAAGUACAAUUUUUGACACUUUGAGCUUAGGAUGGCAAAACACACAAUGAUCAGCAUCAGUUGGCUAAAAAAGGCAACAUACUUAUAUUAAGUGUGACGAUUUUUAUUUUCAAAUUUCCAAACCUGUUUUGCCACUGAUGGUGUUACCACGUUCCCUGUGCUUUUUCUUGCAUUAUCUUUAAUGUUUAAAGAAAAAAAAAAGAUCUUUGCACAACUUUUGAUUUGCAGUUGUCAUUCAUUUCUUUAUUUUGCCGCCAUCUUGCACUGAAAGGUGGCCAUAUAUGGUGCUGUAUUCAUGAUCAUUUUCCAGCAAUACCCAGUCAUCGUGUCAUUGUAGGUAUUUCCACAAGAAGCUGUUGGAAUAGUGUGACUAUAUAUUAAUUUGUUGGUGUUUUUUUUUUUUUUUUUUU